AUGUUCAUUGAGAUCGAUGGGGACUUUGAUGAUAUGGCUAUAAGGACUUUCAAGGUCGGCCUGCCUGCUGAGCAUGAUUUGAGAAAGUCCUUGACUAAGAAGCCGGUAAGGAGUAUGUGUCGGCUUAUGGAUCGUAUUGAUGAAUACAAGCAAGUCGAGGAAGACCAGCAGCAAGAGAAGGGAAAGGCUAAGCCCAGUAGGCAAGGAGAUCAAGCAAGGUUAAGGGCUCAGGGGAGUGCUUCUUUAAGGCCCCCUUUGGGCACAAUUAAUGUCAUCUUUGCUGCUCUUGGGAGAACUAGUUCUCAUCCCUCCAGGGUGAUAUCUAUGGUUCGGCCACUCGUCGAGGACCCUAAUUCUAAGCCGAAGAGGGCUAAAGUGAAGGUUCGACUAGCAUUGAGUUUUUCGGAUGAGGACAAGAUUGGAACCAUACAGCCACAUGAUGAUGCUUUGCAAUUAAGGAUUCUAGUCCUAUCUACAGAAGUGGUGUCGGAAGAGGCAAAGUGUGAGAGGUUGGAGGAAAUUGUUAUAGAUGGUGAUUCCGAGAAAUUUUUUCAGGUCGGAGCUCAACUGCCUCCUUGGGAAAAGGAAGAGCUAUUAGCAUUUCUAAGGAGGAAUAUUGACGUGUUUGCAUGGAAUGCAUAUGAAGCUCCUGGGGUGGAUUUAGACUUCAUUUGUCAUCAUCUGAAUGUCAACCCAGCUGUCCUCCCUAAGAAGCAACCACCUCGGCGCUUAUCUAAAGAGCAUUUUAAUGCUGUCAAGGAGGAGGUGAACAAGUUUAAGCAGGCUGGGGCUAUUAAGGAAGUGUUCUACUCUGAAUGGUUGGCCAAUACAGUGGUGGUGAAAAAGAGGAAUGAGAAAUGGCGGGAGAAGAUAGCUUUUGUCACCCUUACUAGGAAUUACCACUACAAGGUGAUGCCCUUUAGUCUAAAGAAUGCAGGGUCUACUUAUCAGAGGAUGAUGAGCAGGAUGUUUGAACCACAGCUAGGAAAAAAUAUUGAGAUUUACAUAGAUGACAUGGUGGUUAAGAGUAAGUUGGAAUUCGAGCAUAUUAACGAUCUCGAGAAUAUCUUUAAGAUCUUGAGGAAACAUAAGCUGCAACUUAACGCUUCUAAGUGCUUUUUUGGUGUCGAAUCAAGGAAGUUCUUGGGGUACAUGGUUACUCAUCGCAGAAUUGAAGUCAACCCUGAUCAAAUUAAAGCAAUUAACAGUUUACAGCCACCUUGGAAUCCUAAAGAGAUCCAGAAGUUGACAGGGAUGACUGCUGCUUUAAACCGAUUUAUUUCUCAGUCAGCAGAUAGGUGUAGGCCUUUCUUCCAGUUGUUGAACAAGUGGAAGGGAUUUGAAUGGACCGAGGAGUGUGUCUUGGCCUUCUAG